UGUGUGUGUGUGUGUGUGAGCGUGUGCGUGCGUCUACUUUGUACUGUGAGGAACACAGCCCAUGUGCUCUGCAUGGACGUUACUGAUACUCUGUUUAGCUUGAUUUUCGACAAGCAGGCAAGAUGUCCAGCACACCACAUGACCCCUUCUAUUCUUCUCCUUUCGGCCCAUUUUAUAGGAGACAUACACCAUACAUGGUGCAGCCAGAGUACCGAAUCUAUGAGAUGAACAAGAGACUGCAGUCUCGCACAGAGGAUAGCGACAACCUCUGGUGGGACGCGUUUGCCACCGAGUUUUUUGAAGAUGAUGCCACAUUAACCCUUUCAUUUUGUUUGGAAGAUGGACCAAAGCGUUACACUAUCGGCAGGACCCUUAUCCCCCGUUACUUUAGCACUGUGUUUGAAGGAGGGGUGACCGACCUGUAUUACAUCCUCAAACACUCGAAAGAGUCAUACCACAAUUCAUCCAUCACAGUGGACUGCGACCAGUGUGCUAUGGUCACCCAGCAUGGGAAGCCCAUGUUUACCAAGGUAUGUACAGAAGGCAGACUGAUCUUGGAGUUCACCUUUGAUGAUCUCAUGAGAAUAAAAACAUGGCACUUUACCAUUAGACAAUACAGAGAGUUAGUCCCAAGGAGCAUUCUAGCCAUGCAUGCACAAGAUCCUCAGGUCCUGGAUCAGCUGUCCAAAAACAUCACCAGGAUGGGACUAACAAACUUCACCCUCAACUACCUCAGGUUGUGUGUAAUACUGGAGCCAAUGCAGGAACUGAUGUCGAGACAUAAAACUUACAACCUCAGUCCACGAGACUGCCUGAAGACCUGCUUGUUUCAGAAGUGGCAGCGGAUGGUGGCACCCCCAGCAGAACCCACCAGGCAGCCGACAACCAAGCGGAGAAAAAGGAAAAACUCCACCAGCAGCACGUCCAACAGCAGCGCCGGGAACAACGCCAACAGCACCGGCAGCAAGAAGAAGACUCCGGCCGCCAACCUGAGUCUGUCCAGUCAGGUACCUGGGCUAGGAGCGAUCCCGAACUGCAGCCUCAACCCUGGGAGGGAUGGAGACCUGUGUCAUUCAACAGCAGUGACCCCUUCUGGCCAAUUUAAGGAGAAGCAUUGAGGGGCCCUGAAAGGAGUCACUUCCAGUCCUCCUCAGAGGAUGUGAUGGUGGUAGGAGAGCCAACUCUGAUGGGAGGUGAGUUUGGGGACGAGGACGAAAGGCUAAUCACUAGAUUAGAAAACACGCAAUAUGACGCGGCCAACGGCGUGGACGACGAGGAAGACUUCAACAGCCCCCCCACCCUGGGGAACAGCAGCCCGUGGAGCAGUAAACCCCCCGCCGCUCAAGAGACCAAAUCAGAAAACGCCCCGCCCCAGGCUCCCCAGUGAGACUGACCCGCACCUGCACCCACUGUCAGUAGGCCGUGGGGUACACACACCCACGCUUGCAGAUCCUUGCCUACAGGAGAGGAAGGAGGAGAAAUAAAAACUUUUCCACGCGAAUACCUAUUUCUAAAUCACAAUGAUCUGAGUUUGAGUUUCUUUCUUUUUUCCUUUUUGAAUUGAGAGGAUUAUUCCAAUAAACUUCCAUGACCCUUCCCUGGAGGCCUUCGCAGGUAACACAGAUACUGGCACUGAGCGUUAAUUAAAACCAGAGCGAACGCUCGCGCUUCUCCUGGCUGGGUGUUAACCACAUGUUUGUUAAUUACACGCCCCCGCCCUGCCCCGCCCAACCCAACCCAACCCAACCCAACCCAACCCAACCCAACGAAGGCCAUAUUGUCAAUACGCCCUCAGUGCUCAGGGUCUCAUUAUAUGCCGACCC